GUGAAGACAGUUGAAGCUCGGAAGGCGGCGAAACGACUGAAACGGGACAUGAGAACAAAAAAACCGAAUGAAAAAACGGCCGAGGAUAAAAAACAAAAAAACAUAAAAGCGCACAGCGAAAAUAAGAGCGAAUCAAGUGGCGCAGCCACAGACAACGCGCCGAAGGACGCCGAAGAAGCGGUGACGCCGAAUGCAGCGGCGCUGGAAUUCCUAAAUAAAUGGCACACCGACAGAGAAAAUUGGAAGUUCCAGAAAGUUCGGAACACGUAUAUACUCAAAAACAUGUACGACCCAUAUAAGAUACCGAAGGCGUCGUUUAAGAUAGUUUUAGAAUACCUGGACGGACUCAAGGGCAAUGCUCGCACCAAAACACAACAGGACGCCGAAGCCGAGCUCAGCAAAUUGAGUGAGAAGAGUACAGAGGGUAUGACGGACACCGAAGUCACAGUGCACAAGAUUAUUCUGUACCGCUGCAAAAAGGUCGCACAAAGGACGUCGUUAGAAAGCGAAUAAACAUGAACAAUAAACGGUUUAAAAUUAG